GUGCCGGGCCGAUUGAGCCGCGCCGGGCCGGGCUGUGCCGGCUGCUCCGCGCCGGCACCCGCGGCCAUGAGCUACGAGCAGCGGCGGGGCUGGGGCCGCGGGCGCGGCCGGGGCCGUGGCGGCGAUGGCGGCUCUGCCUCCGCCGCCGCCUCCUCCUCGGCGGGCGGGCCCGGCGGGCGGGGACGGCACCCCGGGCACCUGAAGGGCCGAGAGAUCGGGCUGUGGUACGCCCGCAAGCAGAGCCAGAAGAACCGGGACGCGGACCGGCAGCAGAGAGCUGUGGUGCGCAUGGACGAGCGCAGGGAAGAGCAAAUCGUGCAGCUGCUGAAUUCUGUCCAGACUAAAAGCGACAAAGAGCAAGAAGCCAUGUCCUGGUGGUCCGGAGAUGAAGAAGGCUCUGCUCCAGAGCAGCCUCCCAAAGUGAAACCAGAUGCUGAAAAAGCUCCUGUAAGACAGAAACCAGCCUGGGAAAAAACAUCCCUGGAUUUGGAUGUGGAAUAUCUCUGUGAAAAAACCGAGCAGGAUGCUGAUCUAGAUGAACAACUUAAAGAGGACUUAAUGAAGAAGAGAUCUGAUCCCAGAUAUAUUGAAAUGCAGAGAUUCCGAGAGAAGCUGCCCUCGUACGGGAUGAGAGAGGAGCUGGUGAAGCUGAUCAACAACCACCGAGUGACGGUGAUCAGCGGCGAGACGGGCUGCGGCAAGACCACGCAGGUCACGCAGUUCAUCCUGGACGAUCACAUCGAGCGCGGCCUGGGCUCCACCUGCAGGAUCGUGUGCACCCAGCCCCGCCGCAUCAGCGCCAUCUCCGUGGCCGAGAGAGUGGCUGCUGAGAGGGCAGAGGGCUGUGGCAAUGGCAGGAGCACGGGCUACCAGAUCCGCCUGCAGAGUCGAUUGCCAAGGAAACAAGGUUCAAUUUUGUACUGUACCACGGGAAUUGUCCUGCAGUGGCUCCAGUCAGAUAAGCACUUGUCCAGCAUCAGUCAUGUAGUUCUUGAUGAAAUCCAUGAAAGAAAUCUUCAAUCAGAUGUUUUAAUGAGCAUUAUUAAAGAUCUUCUGAAUGUUCGACUGGAUCUGAAAGUCAUACUGAUGAGUGCUACUUUAAAUGCAGAGAAGUUUUCUGAGUACUUUGACCAUUGCCCAAUGAUUCACAUCCCUGGAUUCACUUUCCCAGUGGUGGAAUAUCUGCUCGAAGAUGUCAUUGAGAAGUUGAGGUACACCCCAGAGAAGAUGGACCGUCGGCUGCACUGGAGGAAGGGCUUCAUGCAGGGCCACGUGAGCAGGCCAGAGAAGGAGGAGAAGGAGGAGAUCUACAGGGAGCAGUGGCCAGCCUACCUAAGGCAGCUGCAGGGCAGGUACUCAGCAAGUACCAUCGAUGCCCUGGAAAUGAUGGAUGAUGACAAGGUGGACCUGGACCUUGUGGCAGCACUGAUCAAACACAUUGUGCUGGAAGAGGAGGAUGGUGCAAUUCUGGUGUUUCUGCCAGGCUGGGAUAACAUCAGCACUUUGCAUGAGAUCUUGAUGUCUCAAGUCAUGUUUAAGUCAGAUAGGUUUAUUAUCAUACCUUUGCAUUCACUGAUGCCUACUGUUAACCAGACUCAGGUGUUCAAGAAGACCCCACCAGGAGUGAGGAAAAUCGUGAUUGCAACCAACAUUGCAGAGACCAGCAUCACAAUUGAUGACGUUGUGUUCGUGAUAGAUGGGGGGAAAAUAAAGGAGACUCACUUUGACACCCAGAACAACAUCAGCACCAUGGCAGCAGAGUGGGUCAGCAAAGCCAAUGCCAAGCAGAGGAAGGGUCGGGCAGGAAGAGUUCAGCCAGGCCACUGCUACCAUCUGUACAAUGGACUCCGUGCCAGCCUUCUGGAUGAUUAUCAGUUACCAGAGAUCCUGAGGACACCCUUGGAAGAACUCUGCUUACAAAUCAAGAUCCUGAGGCUCGGUGGAAUUGCCUAUUUCCUGAGCAAGCUGAUGGACCCCCCAUCUCGUGAUGCUGUGACAUUGGCCAUAAAUCACCUCAUGGAGCUGAAUGCCCUGGACAGGCAGGAGGAGCUGACCCCCCUGGGUGUGCACCUGGCACGGCUGCCUGUGGAGCCACACAUUGGGAAGAUGAUCCUGUUUGGAGCCUUGUUCUGCUGCCUGGACCCUGUGCUGACCAUUGCAGCCAGCCUCAGCUUCAAGGACCCUUUUGUCAUCCCUCUGGGCAAAGAGAAAAUCGCAGAUGCAAGAAGAAAGGAGCUGUCAAAGAACUCGAAAAGCGACCAUCUGACUGUGGUGAAUGCUUUCACUGGCUGGGAAGAGGCUCGGAGUUGUGGUUUCAGGAAUGAGAAGGAUUAUUGCUGGGAAUAUUUCCUGUCCUCAAAUACCAUGCAGAUGCUGCAUAACAUGAAAGGGCAGUUUGCUGAGCAUCUCCUUGCAGCUGGAUUUGUGAACAGCAGAAACCCCAAGGAUCCCAAAUCUAACACCAACUCAGGUAAUGAGAAGCUGCUCAAAGCAGUCAUCUGUGCUGGCCUCUAUCCCAAAGUGGCAAAGAUCCGGCCCAGCUUCAGCAAAAAGAGGAAAAUGGUGAAGGUUUGCACCAAGACAGAUGGAUCAGUUAAUAUCCACCCCAAAUCAGUGAAUGUGGAGGAAACAGAGUUCCAUUAUAACUGGCUCGUGUACCAUUUGAAGAUGAGGACCAGCAGCAUUUACCUGUAUGACUGCACAGAGGUGUCUCCAUACUGCCUCUUGUUCUUUGGAGGGGAUAUAUCCAUUCAGAAGGAUAAGGACCAGGAAACCAUCGCUGUGGAUGAAUGGAUUGUUUUCCAGUCUCCAGAAAAAAUAGCAAACUUGGUCAAGAAACUGAGACAAGAACUCGAUGAUCUUCUGCAAGAAAAGAUAGAGAACCCUCAGCCCGUGGACUGGAAUGCCACUCAGAGCAGGGACACAGCCGUGCUCACAGCCAUCAUCGACCUGAUCACCACGCAGGAGAACGAGGCCGUCAGGAACUUCGCGCCGCGCUUCCAGGGCGAGCGCUACAGCUGACACGGG